CGUCAUGGCGGUGUACUACGACCUCCGCGCGCGGGGCCUCGUCGCGGACAGCUUCACCUACCCGUUCGUGCUCAGGGCCGUCGGGGUCCUCAAGCUGUCGGUCGAGGGCCGCAAGGCGCACGCGGCCGCCGUCAAGACCGGGUUCCGGUGGGACGCCUACACCGGGAGCUCGUUGAUGGAGAUGUACACGAUGCUGGGCCGCGUGGACGUCGCGCGGAAGGUGUUCGACGAAAUGCCGCGCAGGGCACUGGUGCUGUGGAACAUGAUGAUCAGGUGCUACAUCAGGUGCGAGCGAUACUCGGCAGCAGUUGCUUUGGCUGAACAUAUGGAGAGAAGCGGCGUCACACCUGACAGGGCGACAUUGGUGACUGCGGUGACGGCGUGCUCUAGAGCAAGUGACCUGAGCUUGGGAAGGAGGAUUCAUGUCUACAUGGAUGUCGUCUUUGGGUUCAACCUCCCAGCUGCAAAUGCUCUGCUGGACAUGUACAUGAAGAAUGAUUGCUUGGAGGAGGCGGUGUCAUUGUUUGAGCAUAUGCCGGUGAGGAACAUUGUUUCUUGGACUAUACUUGUGUCGGGAUAUGCCCUUGCUGGGCAGCUGGACAAGGCAAGAGUACUCUUCAACCAGUGCAAAGAGAAGGAUCUAAUUCUCUGGACUGCAAUGAUCAAUGCGUGUGUGCAGCACGGGUCCUUCGAUGAGGCGCUGACAUUGUUCCGAGACAUGCAGAUGCAACGGGUUGAGCCAGACAGGUUUACUGUUGUCACUCUCCUGACAUGCUGUGCCAAUCUUGGUGCUCUUGAUCAAGGUAGAUGGAUUCACCAGUACGCUGAGGAAAGGAAAAUGAAGAUUGAUGCAGUCCUAGGCACAGCGUUGAUUGACAUGUAUGCUAAGUGUGGGCAUGUUGAGAAGUCGCUGGAGGUCUUCUGGCAAAUGCAAGGCAGAGACGCCACAGCUUGGACUGCUAUUAUCUGUGGGCUGGCCACAAAUGGUCAGGCAGGUAGAGCUCUUGAACUGUUUGAAGAUAUGCAGAGAAGUAAAGUUAAGCCUGACAGGAUUACAUUCAUCGGGGUUCUAAGUGCAUGUUGCCAUGGUGGCUUGGUUGAUGAAGGAAGGAAGCAGUUCCAUGCCAUGAAGGAGGUUUAUCAGUUAGAACCGAGACUUGAACAUUAUAGCUGCCUUGUAAACCUUCUAGGUCGUGCCGGUCUACUUGAUGAAGCUGAGAGGUUGAUCAGUGACGUUCCAAUUGAAAAGGAUGCUAUGCCACUGUUCGGUGCACUCCUCACUGCUUGCAAGGUUCACGGGAAUGUUGAGAUGAGUGAGCGGCUGACCAAACGAAUUUGUGAGCAAGAUUCCCAAAUUACUGAUGUGAAUUUGCUCAUGUCUAAUGUAUAUGCAACAGCAAGUAGAUGGGAGGAUGUGCUAAGAGUAAGGGGCAAGAUGGCACACCCUGCUGUCAAGAAGACUCCAGGGUGUAGCUUGAUCGAGGUGGGGUACUGAGGAGUGAGGAAUUGUUAAAACAUCCAUUAAUUUGAUUGGACCAACAGAAUAAUGAUUAGUCACUGGAAGCCAUUUCAUUACUAGCAAUUUUGAAGAACCGAGUCUGGAAUCUGGACAUACAUUCGUGUGAUCAAGAUUAUAAAGUUGUUGAUCUUAGGGCUACUGAACUAAGCUAGCCUGUUUCAGGCUUGUACCAGAGCCAGAGUUUUAAGCCCUGCUCCUGCAUGGAAAUGGAACACGGCUCUACAGAUGGGGAAAAAAAAUCAAGCACAUAGAACUUCGUAAGUGCGUUGUAUAAGAGGGAAAUGCUGGUGUUAUCCUGCCAAUGGACUCAUGAAGAGGAAAUCAUCCCAGA